UGAUGCUUCCGAACGCGAUCAAUACACGACCUUUGCCCCUCUAGCAUCCGCAAGCUGGAUCGAGCACACCUCCACAGGGUUUAGGCACGCGAUUUAGGAGAUGGACACAUUCAACCAUCUUGCACCUACCUUCGUCCGUGCGCUUCAAUUCCUAAGGAACGUUAGCGAUGAGCAGGUCAAGCAGUGUAGGGCGCAGAUACUAAAAGGGAAACUGAAGUAUUGUGGGAAAGUCAACCCACUUGAUCCGCAGGACCUGAAGUUUCCCCCUAUGCGCAAACUGGACCCAGAUAAAUGUGGAGAGACUAACUCGGGAAUGUGGCAGAAGGGUAUUAGGCAGGAUGGGAAGACCGAUCUGAGGACCCUCAGGAAAAUUUGGAGCGUGGGGAGACCAUACUUGAAGUGUAAAUGUAAGAAGGAGAGGAACAAGGAUUGCAGGGACACCCCCCUCUGGUUCGAUCACGCCAUCUGGUUCCUAUUGGCACAUCCUGACGUCUUGUUCCCAACCUUGUCUUCAAUCAAGGUGCGCACCUCGAUGCUCAUUCACUAUUUGCGUACCACCUGGAGGGAUGGGGUGCUGGCUGCCAUCGGAUUCCAUUUUCUCAGGGACUUGAUGAUGGGAAUCCUAAAGGAGCUUGAGGCGGAUGGGACACUGAACGCGGAAGGGGUGCUCAAGGAAGACCAACUCUGGAGCUACCCAAUCCCCGCCAUGCUAGCGAGCAUCAUGCUCCCCACCCGGAUUCCCGACAGACCCUCGAGGAUCCCGCUCAACUCUCCGUGGCUGCGGCGCGAAAACGGGGAUCCGGACGAAUGGCUGAAUGCUCCUGGCCAGAUGAUCACGCUUCCUAGUUGCAGGAAGGCAUGGAAGAGGCAGAAACUUGACUGUGACACAUUCCUGCACUUGAAGUACACCAGCCGCGUGAUGGAACCGCUUUCUGUCAGGAGGUUAGUGAAUGAGGUGCUCAGCAGGGUGAUCGGGGAUGAUACGACAACUUGGCUUAAGCGCACCAAGAUCGGCUGGACCUACAAUCCUAAGAUAGCCUCCAGAUUGUGCAGACCAGCGGAGACGUUCUGCGAAUUCGACGUGGCGCAAUGGAUAGAGAGCUACCAUCCGGACCAAUGCCCCUAUAGGAUGCGGAGAUAUAUGGACAUGCGCAGCAACUGGUCAAUAGAGUUACUCGAGAGUGAGGGCUGCACGCACAUCAUUACGAUGGACUCGUCAAUCACGGAUAGCCCACUGCUGCAUGGCAUCAUCAGAGCCGACCUCAACCAUAUUUCGUGCAUGGCCCUGGACGUGGAGGAGGCGAGUAUCGAGCUGGAAAACUGUUUGGACGAGCUAUUCGUGCGGGUCAUGGAGUUGAACGACCUUAGUGCAUCUACCAAAUCAUUCCUCUGGAGGGUCAUCAUGAAGAAGGCAAGGGCAAAGAUGGAGAAGUACCGUGCUGUGCACAAACACGCCGUUGCUGAACCAUUCGAGCACCCAGCUGUCAAAAGGGAGUUGGAGUUCAUAACUGGCAGAUUCCUUAUCUGCCCCACGGACAAGGCGCCCAACACUCCGGCCUUUGGCCCAGAGUUUGCCAGCAUCAAUGUACCACUGGCGGCCGUCAUCGCACGAAUACGAGGCGAACUCUCUGCUCUGCCUGCACUCCCCAUCGCACCGGCGGCACUCCCGUACCUCAUGACGGUUCUCAAGGCGCACAAGGGGACGUUCUGGUGGAUCACGAACACUGCCAAUACCAUCGUCUCCCCUGUCGCAAAGGUCUGCGCCUGUCUGUUGAGGUUCCUGCUUCCGUUGGUGCAGGACUUCUGUCAAGAGAGAAGCUUGGAGGUGGAGGAACGGUGUGGCGUCAGGCCAAAUCUCUGGUGGGCCAUAGCCUCGGUGGGCGAAUUCCAUGUGAACCUUCCGAAGAAGGUUUGCUCGGUGUUUACAGCCGAUAUAACCAGGUGCUUUGAGACUAUCCCCACGGACGGUUCGGAGGAGAGUCUUCCCGCUGCGGUCAGAUUUUACGUGCAGUGCGCCAUGCAAAUCCGGAAAGAGAUAAGUUCCUGCCAUACCAUCCGUAUCACUUUUGGACAACACGGUGGGAUAUGGCCAUCAUGGGUGGACGAUGGACUACCGGAGGAAGAAGGCAUGCUGCUGUUCAGGGAACGCGACAUCUGCUGGCUCUCGGGUUGGUGUAUCACCAACAGCAUGCUGCUCAUGGGGGACUAUGUUUGGAGGCAAGUGAAGGGAAUUCCUAUGGGGCUGGCGUGUUCCCCAAUCUGGUGUGAUAUAUACUUUUUCAAGUAUGAAUAUCACGCCAUGAUGAGGUUGGCGGACACCGGGAAUACCCAUCUGAUCCCGUGCUUUGAUAGCACGUUCAGAUACAUUGACGACUUGGGGGCAAUCAACAACGCCGUCAUCAACAACUUUCUGCGCAACAAAGGCGAGAGGGAGGCGGGGGACCCGUGCUGGGUCUAUCCGGAGGACUAUAUCAAAAUAAAGGAGAACACGACACUGAAGGAGGAGGAAAGUGGGCGCAUUGCCAACUUCCUCAGUCCCACCAUCACGGUCACCUCACCGAUAACAGGCUCCUAUGCAACCACCAGAUAUGACAAACGCAGCGGACUGGGAUUUUCUCCGUGCCGAUUCGUCAGGUAUAAGUCCAACAGGAGUGUCAAGCAAUCGCUUCAGAUCAUUACUGCGCAGGUUGCACAGAUCCUCCUGCUGUGUUCAGAACCGGAAGACGCUGCCAAUGAGAUCGCUAAGGUGGUUACUCCGAUGGAAGAAAACGGCUUCGCCAGCGAUGCGUGCUGGAGGGUGGUCAAGAAGACCCUGUGGAAUGCCCACCUCUACCAACCGGGCAAGCUGUCUGUGCAUGUGGUCAAGAAAGCUCUGACUAAUCUGCAUGGGUUUGCGGAUUGACCAACGUUUCUUUGUUUGUGGCUGUGUAAGUGCAUGGAUGCGUGUGUGUGUUCGGUGUCCGGGGGAUGGCUGGACCUAAGGGGCCGGUUGUUCUCCGGGCAGCCGGACCCCUCGGUCCCAGGGCAUCCCCUGGAGGGAACGGGGUGGGACACAAACACACACACACACACACACACACACACACACACACACACGCGCGCGCACAUGACUGUACGAGUGAUGGCUGGAGGGGUGGAUGGCUGGAGGGACGGAAGGCUGUUGUCGAGAAGGCUACCCCUGCGUGAAUAGGAGCCCCCCUUGCCCCUCUUCUUCUUUCAUUCUUUCUUUCUUUCUUCUUUCUUUUUUCUUUCUUUUUUUCUUUCCUUUGUCCUAUCUAUUUUCGCCCCCUUUUUUUUUUUUGUGUGUGUGUGUUCCUCCUUUUGAUUGUUUUUCCUGGCAAUAAAAUGCCCCGACGGAC